UUAAACGAAUAUGGAAUCGGGUUAUUUGAGCCGCGGCGGCGUUGUCCGCGAUCCAUGGCCGGCGGUGAACCGCCUUCCCCGGGAAAUAUGUAAAUCUGAAUUCAGUUAUUCAGAUCCUUUUUCCCUCUGCGCUCGGAAUGAUUCUAGACAUUUCCAAAAAAUUGCUCCACGAGAGCUGUAAGGAACUGGAGCGGGAUUUGUUGAGAUCGUUUGAAUUCGAUCACAAGUUGUGGUACUAUGAGUAUGGAGAGAAGGAAGGUUAAGUUUCUGCUCUUCAUUGUUGGCGUCGUAGCUCUGAGAACCACCGCUGAGAGAUGUAGACUUAUGGUUGGUAAAGAGGCUGCAUCAAAAAGUGGGACAUUUACUUUUUUGAAUUGUUUCGAUGGGAGUUAUGGCACUGUUGUAUGCCUAGCAAAGGAGGGUGUAAAACUGUAUUGCUAUAACAUUAGGUCCCUUCAUGUGGAAAGUAGAAAGUAUGAAGCAAUUGAGGUUGCUUUGUCUGAUGCAGUUGCCCAAGGCAUGGAUGCUAAGAAUGCUGUAAAAGUGGCACAUAAAGAAGGUAAAAAGGCAGCAAAACUUGCAACAAGAAAAGCCGAUCGCAUUAUAGGUCCAAUUAUAUCUUCGGGAUGGGAUUUCUUGGAAUCCAUAUAUUUUGGAGGUAAAAUUAUGGAAGGGUUGCUUCGGGGCACAGGUACACUGUUUGGCACUUAUUCCGUUGGUUUCCUUGGAGAGCAGAAAUUUAAAAGGAUUGGUUAUCUGGUUGGAAGUCAUUUCGGAAGUUGGAUUGGUGAGAGGAUUGGACUGAUGGUGUAUGAUGUGGUUAAUGGAAUUCAUUACCUGAUGCAGCCAAAGCAGUCUGAACCUCUAGUUUAUAAAGAUGCUUUAGACAAUAACGAAGCUGCUGCUGCUGACAAAAGCUUUGAUGGUCAUCAAGAUCUUUAGCAAUGUCCAAAUAAUGCAAGUUGGACUCUAACUUGAAUAAUACAAAAUUUACAAAUUCUUGAGAUCAAGUAUGGUGAUUGUAAGUUUGUAAAUAUACAAACUUUCUUAUUGUUCUCCAUUUCAGUUAUUUCUGAAAUAAAGUUGCACACUUUCAACUGUAGAAGGUGUGUUUGGAUACUCAACUUAAUCACAACUGACAGUACCAAUGCAUCACCAAUGGAAGUUUACUUGAGCUUAAUUAAGAGGCCUCCAGAUCUAAGCUUGUGUAUAAAAGUCUUCUUUGGGAGUUUGAGUUUUUAUGUAUGCAAAUAUAAAGCACUUCUAUGGUAAAGAUUCCUGUUAUUUGGUGUCUUGAUUUGCCUUUGGCUAGUUAAAUUAUCCACUGGUUACACAAAAAAAAUGCUAAGGUGCGUCCCGCGUUGUUGUUUGCGAUGUCGGCCGGAGGAUAGUUUCGUGCGCAGUGGACAGGAUUGAAGGAUUCGGAAUCCAAUCAUCGCUGGCCGUGACGUGCGUCGUCAGAGGAUCACCUUUGGGCCGGCCGCAUUCGGCGUUCCGCGCACGGGGUUCAGUCUCCGCCCUGCCUUUCCCCCUCGGAAGAGGGGGUAAGGGGGGGACGCGAUGCGUGAUGCCCAAUGUCCUGGACCGAAACAUUGGUCGAGGAAUGCCGAGGAGCGCUGAGGAAGGGCCUGCGGCGCGCCAACAUAG